CUAUGGAGGAGCCGUCUGUCCCUCUGGGGCCUCCCACAGUCCCUGUGUUUCUCACAAAGCUCUGGGUUCUAGUGGAAGACCCAGCUAAUUGCGACGUCAUUGCUUGGAAUUUGAAUGGCCAGAACUUCAGGAUACUGGAUGAGCAACGAUUUUCCAAAGAGAUUCUUCCAAAAUACUUUAAGCACAAUAAUUUGUCCAGCUUCAUUCGGCAGCUCAAUAUGUAUGGUUUUCGAAAGGUGAUGAGUUUGGAGAAUGGUCUUGUGAAAACUGAGAGUUCCAUUGAGUUCCAGCAUCCUUUCUUCAAAAAAGGGAGACCUGAGUUACUGGAACAGAUCAAGCGUAAGGUGAACACAGUGAAAACAGAAGACUCUCAUCAAUCACAGGACAAUUUGCAAAAGGUUCUUAAUGAACUAAGACAGCUUCAAGAUGGACAGGCCAACAUGAAUGUCAAGUUGGAAACCAUGAAAAGAGAAAAUGAAAUUCUUUGGCAGGAGGUUUCUUCCUUGAGAAGGAGACACAGCCAACAGCAGAAACUUCUUGCAAAGAUCCUUCAAUUCAUCCUGAGUCUUAUGAAAGGGAACAUUUUAAUGGGAAGCAACAGGAAAAGGCCAUUAACCAUUGAAGCUUCACAGACAACUGCCCCUAAAUACAGUCGCAGUAUGUUACAGCUUGUUCAGGGAGGGGCUAAUGAGGAAAAUCAGUCUUCAAACCAUCGAGGCAGCACAACCAACAAUUACCUUGUAAUCCACAAGAUCCCUAGUGCUGGGGAGGGAACCUCUGCACAACUCUCCGAACAUAAAUACCACAUACCAGCAAGCCAAGAAAGCCUCAAGAAUACAGAGCAGGUGAUUCUAAUAGAUAAGUCUGACGUAGACCUUCAACUGGAGGUGGAAGAGUCUCAUUCUCCAAGCAGCUCUUUCCUGGCACAGGACCAGGUUAUGAUCCCAGAUGUUUCUUUGCCCGUAGCAGAUCAGUCAGUAGUUCCCAGCAAUUCUACUGAAGCACAACGUUCCCUCAUUUCUAGUAGCUCUGCUACUGGUGAAGAGUGGGCUCUGGAUCUGGUACAAGACAACGCUUCUGAGGACCCUGAAAGUGUCAUCGAUUCCAUUCUUAAUGAAAAUGUCUCUUCAAGCAACAGUGACAUAUUUGACCGAGAGGAGAUCCAAGAUUUCUUGAACUGCAUUGAUGCCAGCCUGGAGGAUAUUCAAAAUAUUCUAAACAAAAAGAAUGUAAAUAGUGAUUUUCUUGAGGAGCUAUUUAAAACUGACUUAUUAUCCUCAGAUAAUACCAUGACUAAGGAAGACAGCAGCCUAGGCAGCGGGGUAUCAGAGCAGCAGAAGGAGGUUCCUGUGCUUUCCCGUCAAAACUUGCUGAACAAAGGGAAACAGUUGGUACAAUAUACGGGGAACCCUCUUCUCUCCUUAUUCGAUGACAUGCCACAGAGCAGCUAUGGAGAAGGAUCAUCAGACCCAGGUCAUCUUUUGAAUGUAAUAGAUGAUACUAUGAUCCCAGUGAGAUCAGAGGAACAAAUUGUAACCAAAGAAGCCGACCUGGCAGUAGAGGAUUACCAUGGAUCACAUGUGCUCUCACCAAUCUAUGUCCUUAGCCCUGUUAGUAAGUUAAUAGAGGAAGCCACAGAGCCAGACACAGUUUGAAUGACACAGGACUGUACUAUAAGAAGGCUCAGCAGGCCAGAUAUGUUACCGUAUGCUUGCAUAACCUGUACUGCUUUGUUGCUAUUGCCUUAUGAAUGGUAGGGUUAAGUACAGAAAAGAGUUGAGCCAUAAAUGUUCAAAGUACAGAUAAAGUGUGGGUGCCAGGGUACGUCAGGCAGUCAUUCACAGUAAAGUUGAUGCAGUAUUAAAAUUCUUAUGUUUUAUAUUAAUAUAAAAAUGAUCAGUACUUUACACUUGUCAGAGGACUACAGAACAUAGUUACAUAGGGUUGAAAAAAGACCAGAGUCCAUCAAGUUCAACCCUUCCAAGUAAACCCAGCACACACAAACCAGAAGGCUUAGAGAAUACGUACAUUUCUCUGAAUACAUCAGCUAAUAUUAGUUACCAUGGCCACAGUAAGCUGCUUGUUCCUCCAAAUGGCUACUAAUUAUCAGAAGCAGGGAUGCUCUAAUAGUAAGUUUAAAGUUCCCUUUACAUGUCACCCAGGGUUUGAGGCCAAAUCAUUAAAAGUUUUAUUUAAUCUUAGUUUUGCUUUUUCUCUGAGUAUUUCCUCUCUCUCGAGGUUUAACACCUUCCUUCCUCAGACUCCUUGUAGUUACAUACAUUUAGGGGAGCAUUCUCCCUAGACUACAAUAUUAACUGUCAUCUGUUAACUAAUAUAUAACUAAUAUAAUAAAUGUGCUGCCCUCAGUCACACUAAUGGUUCAUUUGUCAGCACUUCAGAUGUUGUGCUUGCAUAUGGCCCAUGUAUUAAUUAUUAUACUACAGUAACUAAGUUCCUAUAAAUAUACAUGCUAUACAUACACUACUUCCAGAUGCAAUUCUCAACCUUGGAUAUGACCCAAAAGAAUGUUAUCUUAUUAAUAAUUCUAAUGCUUAUUUUACUUUUUUUAUUUCAUGCCAUUAGCACCUCUCUGCAAAGAGGAACAUUGUGUAUUUUAUAUAUUCUAUAUGGAAAAUUGUCUGCUGUUCCCAAGUAACACAGCUGCAUUCUUUUUUGCAAUGGUUAGUUCUCAUAUUGGUACAUUUAGCUAUGCAGAGAGCAGCGCUUCCUUAAAGCCUUAAACCUAAGUUACAUGGAAAGAAGGAUUUGGUAGCAAUGGCUUCCAGCUUGUAUUCAUUGAAACUUUUCUUUCAGGGGCUUGUUUUUAUCUAAAAUAGCCUCUCUCCUACCUUGCUAAUAAGGCUCAGCAAUAAGUUGUAUUGUUAGAUUUCUCACUCUGGUUUGCUAAAAGAAACACACGUUUGUCUGGGUUUUUUAAAUGUAUUUUAUUAUUUCUGACCUUGUAUGUGCCCAGUAUUAAAAAAAACAUUUUGACUAUACAACAUUGACCAGAUAUCAAUAAAUUGUUUUUUUAGCAGACUCUU